AUGUUUCAACACAGUGCAAAUGAGCAGGCUUUCCUAAAAGCUAACCAAAACCAAGACUACCGCUUCAAACUUCCCGGAUAUGGCCGGCCAUUAGACUACUUUCCAGUGGAGAAGAAUAUCUAUGGUAUCGAAAGUCGUAGCAUGUUUCCAUCUGUAUUGGACGACAGAGAUAUCGAAAAUCAAUACACGGAGCUUCCCGUGCUAACGCUUCGAGAAUUGGCCAUGAUGGAGGUAAUGGAACAAAUUACUGACAUCCCGGAAUGGUGGAAGAAGAUCUACGACUCCAACACGGCACAAGAGUGGAAGAAAAUGGCGCUCGACAGAGGCGACAUGAUCACCAAAAACAUGGCCCAGUGGAUCAUCGAUGAGCUUAAAUACAAAGCUAUGAUAUACAAAGUGAACGAUGCCGUGUCUCUCUACAACGGCGACGUCACCAAAUCCGACUCAAACGUCCCUCCCUCCAUUGUGAAUGAUUUGAAAGAAUCAACCCAGGUCUUGGAAUAUCAGGAUGAGGAGCUGAAAUUCUUCCAUCCCGGAACUCUCGCAAGCCAGCGUGAUCUCCUCUCCGUGGUACUCUACCCACUCGUGUACGGAAAGAGCCGCAUCCUCCCAGACAGACUGAUCGGUCUCAAUGACGCCCUCCGCCACGCCGGACAAGGCGAGAUCGUCCCCAUUCCAAACGAAACAGGAAUCACGCGCGAAGACAUCGCCUGGCGCGUCUCCGAUCGAGCAGACAUCUCCGUCCGUCCCUACAGCCGAGCCUUCCAAAUGCUUCCAAUGGAUUUGGAACUCGGCGACGAUGGCCGCUGGCAUAUCGCCUCAUACAUCAACAACCUGCACCCGGUCAGGCAUCGCAAUAUAUACAAUAUCAUCGAAGCGGCUUUCAAUUGCAUGAUCCCCCAGUGGAAUAUGACUUUGACCCCGCUGAAAGAUAUGUUGCAUUCCCGGGCCAGAAUCGAGUACAGCAAAGCGGAGUACUAUCCCGCCCCUAAGGAAAUUGUUGAUCAAGCGCCUAAGAUCCAGGAGCGGGAGGCACAGAGCGAGUUCGAUGAACGCUUUGACAAGUGGCGAAUGGAGCACUACAGUGCUGUACAGCCUGAUGUUGAUCAAUUUGUUCCUUGGGCUGUACCACCAUGUAUGAUGUCCCAGCUGGCUGAGGAUCUUCCUGCCUCGGUGCGCAUCGAGCAGAGUGUCAAUCUGAAUGAACACUACAAGGAUCGCGGAUUGCAGGUAAUCACCCGGAUCAUGCCCGUGGAUUUGACCCCUGAAGCACCCUUCUAUGAAACACCAUGGCACGUAGAAGGACAGAUGAAUGAACACAUCUGCGCCGCGGCAUUUCUCUUCUUCGACAGCAUAAACAUGGAAGAGCCAUUGAUGGAAUUCCGCAACAUAGUAGAGGUAGAAACUCUGAGCGAAGUCGACCACGAGCCCGGCGACUUCAUCUGGCUGAAACAGGUCUUCGGGAUGGAAAAUGGCGAACCGGCUGUCCAGCGCUCGGGUGCAAUCCGUUGCCCUACUGGUCGUGUCGUUAUGUUUCCCAGCACGAUCCAGCACCGGAUGACCAAGUACGAGCUGACGGACAAGACGAAAUCGGGUUCGAAUCGAUGUCUCGUGUUUUACCUUGUUGAUCCGAAUAUUCGGAUUAUUUCUACCGCGAAUAUCCCUCCCCAGCGGCUGGAUUGGACGCUUGAGACUGUUGAGGCGGAGGGGCAGAAUCUGUCUUCUGCUAUGGAGCAGUUGGCGCUUGCGAACAAGGAAAAGAAGGGGAACAUGCCAAUGUCUUUGACUGAGGCUUUGGCGAAUAGAAAAAGCUUUCUGGAAGAGUUGAUUGAGUUCAUGCGGUAUCAGCAGGUUGCGAUGGAUUCGAAGGUGUUGAUGCUUUAG